AUCGAUCACGCGUUUGCAGGCCGGGUGCCCACAUGUCUCACGCGUGUGGUACGGUCGACAAGUUGCACGUGUGUUGUGUGUUCAUCUUCAGUUCACAUGCGAUUCGUCAGUCAAGUUUUUCAAACAGAUAUCAGAGCCAGUAUGUCAUCAUCUACUGAUCAGCCCGGCAGCCUUGCUUCAUUAUUAGGAACAGAGAGUUCAGCAGCCCUCAGCACACAGUCAAGAAUUCCAGUCACGCUUGACUGGACGGAGAAACCCAAAACGAAGGAUGGGUCAACAACGCCUCACAAAGAUGAAGUGGAAAGUAUCGUAGAAGAAAUGCUAGAUCCCACUAAGGUUAAAACUCUUUUACACUUCAGCAGAGUCUGCAAAGCCUUCUUGGAGAAAUCCCAAACCGAUCUAGACUUGCCCUCAAGGACAUUAUUGGCAAGCCUGAUUCUUAACAACAUCACUGAUCGAAACAAGGAUGAGACAAAGAAGCACUUCUGGCCCAAGAAAUCAUUACUGAGGAUUAUUGAAGAGUGUAAUGUGGCUGCGAGCUCAUGUCCGUCAUUUUUACUGUCGGCCAUCGAGAUGAGAGACCUAGAGGUUGUCAAGUCCUGUGUUGAGCACAUGCAGGAUAUCCCAGAUAAUAUCUUGACAAAAGUGUUACAGUUCUUCAUCAGACAUAUCCAGGGCACAUCAAAUGGGAGUCAGGAGUCCACAGGUACCAGUUCACCGGAAACUUCUACUGCAUGUCCUGUGUCAACAGCAUGUGCCCAGUGCCUUAAUAAAGCCUUGUGCUGCCCCUUCAAUGACACGUUCAUCGUUGAUAGCUUAAGACAGUUCAGCUUUGACGAAGCUCUGGUGUUACUAAGAUAUCUUCAUUUUCUUCUGUCAACAAUGCCAGCCAGUGUCCAGGACGACUCCACGCCAACUCUUAACAUUGUCGCUGAUUGGAUAAGUGCUCUAUUAGAUGCUCACUUCACCCAGCUUAUCCUGUCUCCUGAAGCAAGAGUGCUGCUCGCUGAACUGGCACAAUCUGUGCAAAUGCAGGAGUCAUUCUACACUGAACUAGAAGCCGUAAAGACCAUCCUCCAGAGCUUCAAAGAUUCCGUGUUGGUACCCGUCAAACAGACGAGUGGCAGCUACAGCAUUGAAGUCCUGACCAUAUAGGAGAGAACACUUUGCCUAGACCAGAGCUGUUGAAGAACUGCUGCAUUGCGACUGAAUGCACCCAGAGAGAUCUUCAGCAUUGAGUUGUUCAGUCAUUCAUGUGAACUCAAAGCUGGAACAGUAGGGCGCUGAGUAGUCCAUUCGUAAGAACCAAGAUGUUGGUUUGGGGAUGCACGCGGUAGCAAAGCGUAAGAACACAGAUGCUUGAGGAGAAUGGGGAUGACUUGUCCCACGGAAAUGACACAGUUUGCACGUUUUUACUGUGUGAGGGCCUAGUUGAGGCUGACUCAAGCCUCUUGCGAAUAUAAGGAACAACUGACGAGAAAUUAGGCCAAAUGUCUUGUGCCCGGAAUUUUUCCACUUCAAAAUUUUCUUUGAAAUGAUUAGGAAAUACCGGAGUUGCGCAAGCACCAGCCCUUUUGUUAUGCAAACAGUCCAUGUGAUGUCAGGUUUACGAAAGCAAUUAAACGUCGUGGACAACUGAUGGAGUGGAGGUAGACACGAUCAUCUUGUUGAGCAUGGAGAUCCAUUCUGAAAACAUUUGGGGGCGUGUUCAUUAGUGCACUACGUAUGGUGGUAUUGACCAUACCUGUUUACCAUCACUGUUGUAGGCUAGGAAUGAGUAAUAUGGACAGCAUAUUCAGCAUUCCACCUCGAGGGUGGUGUGCGCAGUUUACAUACCAAAGAUGGCAGACAUGGGGAACUAGUCUCGUAAGCAGGUUGAGUCGCCAAUUUGUUUCCAAUGACGACUGGUAUACUGUCAUUCAGUAGAAGUAUUGGACUUACUUUACUGACAUUCCUUUUGUGGCUUGUGUAUUGCUUGGUUGAACAUGCCCAGAUCACCUUAACAGGUAUGGAGGGCCAUUUUAACAAACUCCUGCACGGUCAAUAAUAAUAAUGACUUACAUUUUUCCUCUCAAACAGUUGGACCAUUAUUCUA